UUUUGUUGUUCAAUGUCGUCUGUCGUUGUGAAUCUCGGCCGCAAACCGCUUUCAGCCAAAUCAUUGGCUUCGCUGCCUCGCAUCACGCUGACCUCGCUCAAGCCGAUCGCAGGCACCAACAAGGAGAGGAAGCGCAUCGGUCGCGGUCCUGGCUCUGGCUUUGGCAAGAACGGCGGCACGGGCGAUGCUGGCCAGAACAAGAAGGAAGGCCACUCGCGCCCAGGCUUUGAAGGCGGCGCCAUGCCAUUCUAUCGCAAGGUGCCAAAGUUCGGCAUGACAAAACAAUCGCCAGUGCUCGCUGAAGUCAACAUCCACCAGAUUUCAAAGCUCAUCCAAACGGGAUUUAUCAAGCCAUCCGAGCCCAUCACAAUCAAGACUCUGCAUGAUGUCGGGUUGGUGAAGGAUUUUCAAAACGGCGUCAAGCUGCUUGCAACGGGUGCCGCGUCACUCCGUUCGCCAAUCGAGAUCGCCGUCACGCGCGCGUCCGAGGCUGCUGUUGCCAGCAUCGAGCGGGCAGGUGGAAAAGUGACGACCGUGUUUUACAACCAACGCGGAUUGCGGGGGCUGGUGCAUCCCGAGCGAUUCGAGCCGACCCCACCGCCAUCCGGCUUCCCCGUCAAGAAUAAGCACAUUCAAUACUACAAGAACGCGCAACAUCGUGGGCAAUAUGCACCUGCCCUGCAGCUGGCGCAGGCUCGCCGUUCCAUUGCAAAAGCAUGAUUUUGUUGUCUAUGGAGCAAAUACAAAAACCAUCAAACAUAGAAGUUGCAAUGAAUGAAUCAUGUCGAAAUUAAACGAGUUACA